UGUUUUCAUGAAAUUAGGGCAAAAGUACACGAAACUAAUGAUGCCCUAAUGAAAAUGAAAUCUCUGCAAGUGGGUUUUAGGGGCCACGUAGACAUGAGUUACAAAAUCUCCGAGUCUUUAGCCCUCCUGCCUCUUCAGCUUCAACAGCACUUUACGACGAUAACAGAGAUCGUGAUGCGUAAUUUAAGAUCCUCUGUUUCUCACUGCAUGCUCGUUACCGUACGGACAUAUGAUAUAUUAGAAAUCAAAGGGCCUAUAGAGGGAGAUUAUAUACUUAGACCAUACAGGCUCAUUCAUCUUAGUACACUGCAUUUUUCGUUUAACUGUCUAAUUAUUCUCAAGAAUGCUCAGAAAUCGCUUUUAACUGAUUGUUAA